AUGUCGUUCAACCAAAGGGAAGCUUCUAUCCAGUUGUCCAUCUUGGAUUUGUUUUGUUCGAGGAAUCUUUUCAGUCCUCCUGGAUCGUCUGUGGACCAAUUGUCUCUCAUAGCGAAGGAUAAUGCUUCCGGUGAAAACAAUCCUCCCCUUUCCACAUGGAAAGUGGAAGAUGUGGCAGUAGAGAGUAUUUUGACAAUGAUUUUUCAACUUCCUAAGCCACUUCACCGUGAAAUUUAUUACUAUACCGUUUUGAUUUCCUGUUGUCGAGAGAGCCCAGAGUCGAUUGCUCCGGUGUUUGGAAGAGCUAUUAGAUUUUUCUACAACAAUUUAGAAACUUUUGAUUACGAGCUGAAGGUCAGAUACAUGGAUUGGAUGACCACGCAAAUUUCCAAUUUCGAUUUCUCAUGGAAGUGGGAUGAGUGGGUGGCAGACUCUGUCAAAUAUUCCCAGUUACAGUACCACCCAAAAAAGAACUUCAUUAAGAAUUUGAUUGCUAAAGAAAUCAGAUUGUCCAAUAAGGCUAGAAUAAAGGACAGUUUUGUAACCAUGACUCAAGGUGAAGAUGGUGAGAAUAGACUUAUGGCUUUGGAUGAGUUUUACCAGUAUUUGGAUAUUUCUCUUUUCCCUAAUCCUACGGAGUAUAUCAUCAACUAUGAUUAUGAAUUGUAUGGUGGAGAUAACGAGGAAUUGAAGACCACGAUAGUUAACGCAAUUAUGCAAAGAAAGGAAGCAAUGAGCCUGAGAUUGAUGUUGUCUCCGCAGGAGGAACUUAUAUACGAGUUUUCUAACCCUGCCUUGCCCCUCAAUGAAGUGGCAAAUAAACUCUAUGAUUUCAUCAUUGCUAACUGGAGAUCGAACGAGCAAUUCAAUGACAUGGUGAAUGAGACUUUAGAAGCUAUCAAGUCCUCGGUGGUUAAUGUGGAUUCGGAUAAGGUUUUGAUCAAUCUUUUAUUCCAAACGUAUGCGUACAUUGGUUCCAGAUCUAUUUAUUCUGUCGUGAGUAUUCUCAACAGAGAUAUUGCGAAAUUGAAAUUCGUGAGUGGGGUGGAAGUCACCGAAGAAGAUUACAAGCUAAGCGGUACAGAGUUUCAGUUUCCAGAUUUGCACUUGACGCCUGAGCAGUUGGGCAACAGACAAAAAUGGAUCAUUGAGUCAAUUUUGCGUAUAUGGAUUCAACAGCCCCAAGUUGCCUUUUUGAUCUUAGAGUAUCUUAUCGAGUUUGGAAUCUUGAACCCGCAAUAUCUUAUCCGCAAAGCUCUUGACCCCGACUCAAAUCUAAUUAUCAAUAACGUUUCGUGUAUGGAGUCUAUCAACCGUGUCUUGAGUACAUGUGCCGUGGGAGAAAGCUCCAAAGAGGUUAUUCUUUUGUUGUUCAACCUCAUUGUGGAGAACUUGAACUACACUCUUGGAAAGAUUGGCGUGGAAAACCCAGAGACAGAAGAAGUCAAGAUCAUCACGGAAUUUAGUGAUGAAGACAAGAAUGACACCGAAUUGAUGGCCAAAAUUGAUUUGCAAUGGCUAUUCUAUGAGUACCGCGGAUUGCUUAAAACAUACUUGAGAAAGUUUAACUUACAGCAUUCUGAUUACUCGAAGGAAAUUGAAGAUAUUUUUGAGAGUAUUCAGAACAAGCCCGUGAAGUCGGAUGUUAUGAGAUGGAUUAAAGAAUUGACCUAUUAA